AUGAAGUUCAUCCAAAUCGCCUCCCUCGUGGCUUUGGCCCAUGCGUUGCCUCUCAAUUAUGGCGGCGCUAUUACUUCGACUCCCGUGGCCGAAGUGACCCCCGUGUCGAGUGCUUUUGAAAGCCCGGAUGGCCCCGUUGAAUCUGGAGCCAUCACCGAGCCCGGCCCCGAGCUGGCCACGGCUUUACCCACCGAGCUGGCCUACGAACUGGCUUCUGAGCUGGCCUUUGAAUCAGACACCGGACUGAGUGCUGGCGAAGGGUUGCUGAACCCUCACUCAGUCUACCCUAAGGACAACUCCACCUACAGCCACACCUCUGGAAGAGUGUAUGCCAAUGAAACGGACGUGAUCGUCACCGUGUUCCCUCCCACCGUCACCGACGAAAAUGGCCAACCUGAGCCCACCCCUUACGACGACCUCACCACGACCAUCACCAGUAUCAAGUGGGUCACUCUCGGCCCCGAACCAACUGGUGCCCAGGGCGACCAAGGUAACCAAGACAAUCAAGGUGACCAAAACGAUCAAGGUGAAGACAACGGCAACGGCAACUCUAACGAAGGUAACGACGGCUCAAACUCCGGUGACCACGGUUCUGGUAACGGUGGAUCACAAGGAAACAAUGGCGGUGACAACGGCGCUGGUAAUGACGGCUCCAACAAUGGCCACCACACCAACAACGGCGACAAUGGUAACCAUGGCAAUGGUAACAACGGCAACGGCAAUGGCAACCACGGUCAAGGCAACGGCAAUGGCAAUGGUAACAACGGCAACAACGGCAACCAUGGUCAGGGCAAUAACGGUAAUGGCCAAGGCAACCACGGCCAAGGAAACAAUGGCCAAGGCAACAAUGGCCAUGGCAAUGAUGGCAACCACGGCAAUGACGACAACAACGGUGACCACCACCCGUGGCUGAACUCGACCUCGCCACACGGGAACUGGUCGACCCCCCAGUGGAAGCGCCACCAGCGCCACAUUCUUACUCCCAUUCCCUUGGCGUAA